AUGUACAUCAGUUCAUCCAUCCAACAACCCUGUGCUGCUCCUUCUAGAAGGCGGCUGAUUAUUCUCUCUACUCUCGCUGCCUUUAUAUUUGCCCCUACUCUUCCAUAUGCCUUUGCAGAUUCAGAUGCUGAUCGUAUCUACACCGAUGAUGUAAAUAAGUUCGAGAUAGCCAUUCCUCAAGAAUGGUUAGUCGAAACUGGAGAGCAAGGAUUUAAAUCAGUCACCGCUUUCUACCCACAAGGGGAUUCGAGUUCCAAUGUCAGCAUAGUGAUCCCGGGGCUGGGUCCGGACUUUACUAGGAUGGAAUCAUUUGGCAAAGUGGAUGAAUUUGCUGAGACUCUGGUCAGUUGGCAAGACAGAAGCUGGCGGAGACCUCCAGAUGUGGUGGCUCAGCUCAUAGAUUGUAAAUCUGCUAAUGGUAUCUAUUGCAUAAAUUAUUCCCCUCAAAAUCCUGGCGAGGCUCGCAGACAUCUUUACUCGGCUAUUGGCAUGGCAUCAAAUGGUUGGUAUAACCGACUUUAUACGGUCACAGAACAGUAUGUGGAAGACGCCGCCAACAAAUACCGCUCCCAAAUUCAAAAGGCGGUCGCGUCAUUUAGGUUUAUGUGAAUUGGUAGUUACCAUAGGAAAUGCUGCAUCUAUUGCUAUCAAAUGUCAUCUUCUUCAUCCCCAUCACUUGUUAAUUGAUUCUAUUUUCAAUUUUUUGGGAAUGGAGAAAUUGAAAACUGUAUCAGCUGCAGCAGAUAAUAAGAAGAGCC